CCAGUUUAAAGCAAAGUGCACUCAAGAUUUAGAUAAAACAGUAUUAUUAACUGGAGCUUCAAGAUCUUUAGUCUUCGAGUUGCCUCUACAAUGGAAGCACGUAAAUUGUCUACCCACGUACUGGACACCUCAGUGGGCAAAGCUGCUGCCAAUGUCAGAGUAACCGUUUCAAGACUUGACGAGAUCCAGGAGUGGAGAUCGCUUCGAGCUGCCCAAACGGAUGCGGAUGGUCGCUGCCCCCUUUUGGGCCCUGGUCAAUUUUCCAGCGGAAUCUACAAGCUGACUUUUCACGUAGGUGCCUAUUUCGCGGAGCGCCAAGUGAGGACUUUAUAUCCAGCAAUUGACAUAAUUGUGGACUGCAGUGAAAAUCAGCACUACCACGUUCCUUUGUUACUUAAUCCCUUUGGAUAUUCUACCUAUCGUGGAACAUAAAAACAAUGUACUUAAAAAAACAUUUCAAUAAAUGUAUAUCUUUUAAAUGAUAUAUAAACGCACUUAA